AUGAGCACCGAAAUAAAGGAAUUGGUUGAUAAUUUAACUCGCGAGGAAGACGACGUUAAGGGAGAAUCACAGUGGCUGGAGUCCCAUGGAAAGAAGCGCAAGAGAAGUGUUGAUUAUUGGUUAGAGGAAGUUGCAAACUUGAAAGAAAGAGCUCAUAAAAUGAUUGAGUUACUUGGUCAGGGUAAGUUGACAGAGAUGGAUAAGGAAAUGGUGGAAGAGGAAGAGAAUUUGAUCCUAGAAUUGAGGGAUCAUACCACAAAAAAGCCUUUGGUGUUGUGGAAUGAGUUGGUUGGUAAAGGUUUUGAGGAAAAUUUUGGGAGAGUGUUGAGACUCCUAAGGGAUGACGAAAUCUUCAUGAUUGGCAUACAUGGGAUGGGGGGAGUGGGGAAAACAUGCCUAGUAACUCAUAUAGAGGAUGAAAUAAAAAGGAAGGGCAGCACUUUUGAUUUUAAGCAUGUCUUUUGGGUCACUGUAUUCCAAAAUUUUAACAUUUUUGAAUUACAAAAUGACAUUGCCAAAAGAAUAGGCAUAAAGCUUGAUGAAGAUGAUGAGAUAAUAAGAGCAGAAAUGUUGUCAUCUGCGUUUGAGGAAAGAGAAAAAUGUGUGCUUAUUUUGGAUGAUGUUUGGAAUUAUAUUGAUCUGCACAAGGUGGGAAUUCCUCUUAGAGGUAAUGGAACUAAAUUAAUUUUGACAAGUCGUUUGAAACAUGUGUGUCAACAGAUGGGCUGCCCUCUGAAUAAUAUAAUAAGCGUGGAACCUCUAUCUGGUUAUGAAGAAGCUUGGGAGUUAUUUUUGCUAAAAUUUGGAUACCGUGGAACACCUGCAAGUGCAACACUUCCUCGUAAAGCAGCAAAGAUUGUAAACUCUGUUAAAGGGAAAUGUGAUGGUUUACCACUUGGAAUCAGUGUAAUGGCUAGAAGCUUGAAAGGGGUAAAUGACAUUGGUCGAUGGAAACAUGCUUUGAAUGAACUUCGAAAUUCAGCAAUAGGAGAAGAGAUUGAAGAAAAGGUCUUCAAUGUAUUAAAACUCAGCUAUGAUAAUUUAAUUGACAAGAACAUGCAGAAUUGUUUCUUAUCCUGUGCAUUGUACGAUGAAAUUGGGAGGAAAGAAUUGGUUUUGAAGCUCUUCGAUGAGGGACUGAUUAAUGGUGUGAGGAAUUUAGAGGAAAUUUUUGAUGAGGGUCUUGCCAUAUUGGAUAAGCUUAAAGGACAUUCUUUGUUAUUGGGAGACAAAGUUGGUAAUUUAUGGAUGCAUGGGAUGUUGAGGGACAUGGCGAGUCAUAUCAUGAGGCACAGGUACAUGGUGAAAUGUAAUAAAGGAUUGAAAAAGAUACCUCGCAUUCAGGAAUGGACAGUUGAUUUGGAGAAGGUUUCCUUGGCAGGGAACGAGAUAGUAGAAAUCCCAGUGGGUACAUCACCUCAGUGUCCAAAGUUGUCCACCUUGAUUUUUAGUAAUAAUCAAUUCAGUUGUAUUCCAGAUUGUUUUUUCCACCACAUGAAUGCUCUAACAGUACUUGAACUAUCUGAUAAUGUCAGUUUAACAUGUUUGCCGAAUUCGGUGUCUAACCUGAGGUCCCUUAUUUCUUUGGUGCUGAGAGGAUGUAAAUCAUUGAAAUAUGUGCCUCCUUUGGGAGAGCUACAGAAAUUGUCAAGGUUGGACAUAUCAGAUACUUCGAUUGAGAAAGUACCACAAGGCUUGGAAAUGCUAAUCAACUUGAAAUGGCUGAAUCUGUCGGGGAAUGAUAGAUUGACAUUGGAACCUCGGUCUGUGAUUCAGAGUUUGACCAACAUGCAAUUCCUUGAUCUCCAUUGUUCCAUGCUUUCAGCAAAUGUAAAAGUAGAAGUGGAAGAUGUACAAGGGAUGAGUAUGCUGGAAUAUUUUGCAGGCAGCUUUCACGACUGCAAGAACUUGAAUAAUUAUGUGACAAAAACCAUGGAUAGAGGUUGUGGACCCAAAACUUAUCAUCUCCAUUCGGGAGAUUUAUAUACUUUUUCUUAUUUUCCAGGGUUAGAUGACCCAACUUUAAGUCCUACAGAUUGCCGAACUUAUCCUUAUUUUCCAGGGUUAGAUUACCGAGCUGUAAGUUUGGGAGAUUGCAAAGAAUUUGUUCAUUUUCUGCCAAGAGACCUUGCGAAACUGAGGAUACUACAGAAUUACCAGUGGACCAGAGGCUUAUGUGAUGCUCUGUCAUUCAAUGCUCCUUCUUCUUUGAAGGAAAUUCGCGUCGAGUAUUGCAGAAAAGUGGAGAGCUUGUUUUGUUUAUCCAGUUCUUGUUCCUUUUGCACUAAUCUCCAACACCUUGAAUCUUUGGAACUUAUAAGUUUGGCAAGCUUGGAUGUUAUCUGGAAGGAAAAUGAUGAAGGCAUAACACAAUUUUUGCCUUCGAGAGGCAUGUUCUCUUAUCUCAAACAUCUUAAGAUAGAGUUUUGCAACAAGAUAGAGAAGUUGAUGACACCUGCUUUGCUGCCACAACUUCCGAACCUGGAGUCAAUAGAUGUAGCUUUUUGUGAUUCAAUGAAGGAGAUAUUUGCAGUGAGGAACAGUGAGGAUGAUGAUGAUGAUGAUGAUGAUGAUGAUUAUCCCACAAUUACUCUCCCCAAAUUAACGAAAUUGUCUUUGUGUCUUCUACAUCAAUUGAAGACCGUGUGCAGGGGGGUCAUAGCCUCUAUAUCUCCUCCAACAGUGGAUGCCCGAGGCUGUCCCAAACUAGAAAGUUCCCUUAAGUACAAGUCAUCUGAUUCUACCUUCGAUUCUGUUACCCGGCUGGAGUUCCGAGGUUUCAUUGCUUCGCUGUUGAAUCAAGUUGAGAAAUUGAAUGAUCGUAAGGUGCAAUCGUAUGAUUUCUACUGGAAUCAAGUUGAGAAAUUGAAUGAUCGUAAGGUGCGGUGCAGCAACAAAUGUAAUCAUGAGUUCCAGGAAUACGUGUGCGCCAGGCUGGCAGACCUAUGCCAGGAGCAUGACAUUAUAGCACUAUCUUUCAACUAUGCAUCGUAUUCUGGUUCUGAGGAGGAGGAUGCAUUUACUACUUCCACACCGGCUGCUACAACUACUGCAGAUCCACCCGUUACUGCAGGAGAUGACGAGGAUGCUACACAGGGAGCUGAUGACAUUCAGGAGUUCCAUUCAUUGAAUGAUCGUAAGGGGAAGAUUCUAGCACAGGGGCCACCAGCUCCAUCUCAGGCACCACCAGCUAUAGCUCAGACAUCAGCACAUGUAGGUAUAUUGGCUUUAUGUGAUGCAGUCCAGGCCAUUGAGACUAGACAGGGGAAGAUUCUAGCACAGGCACCACCAGCUCCAACUCAGGCACCACCAGCUACAGUAGCUCAGACAUCAACACUGUUAGGUAUUUUGGCUUUAUGGGAUGCAGUCCUGGCCAUCGAGACUAGACAGAUCCACCUGUUAUUUCAGGAGAUGACGGAGGAUGCUACACAGGGAGCUGAUGACAUUCAGGAGGACUCAACCGAUGUUGUGGAUCCAUAUUAUUACUGA